CAAUCCUCAUGCUAUGUCUCUCUUCCCAUCCCCUUCUUCCUACCCAUUAACAUACCUUAGCCCUUAGCAACAUCAUAGAGAGUAAAAAGAUAGUGAUCAUAGAAUACAGCCAUAUAUAUUGAUCACCAAAUCAAGAAAAGUGACACAAUAACCAUGGCACUAACAACAACCAAUUCAUGGCUUGUAUGCUCCGUAACCUCGCUCUUCCUUAUCCUCCUCAUCGCUUUCUUUGCACAUAACCCAAAACACGUACCUAUCAUUUUACCUCCCAUCAAUCUUUUACCUGAAAAUCUCAAAACUCUUCAUGCGGCAAAGGAACAACAUACUACUCCUCCCUUGUCACAUGUUAAUGCUACCAUUCAUAUCAUUAAACCCCGUCACGAAGUCGAUAACCACGUCAAACAGCAGAAGAGGAUUAAUAAUAGUUUACUGAGAAUUGAAGAAGACUUGGCUGAAGCAAGAGAAGCUAUUCGUAGAGCGAUACGAUGGAGGAACUUCACAUCAGAGAAGGAAGAGAUCUUUGUCCCCAGAGGGUGCGUGUACAGAAACGCUUAUGCUUUUCAUCAAAGUUAUAUAGAGAUGUCGAAGAGAUUCAAAGUGUGGACUUACAAAGAAGGUGAACCACCCUUGGCGCAUGAAGCGCCCAUGAGUUCAAUUUAUGGCAUCGAGGGACACUUAAUAGCUGAAAUCGAGAGCAGAGUAAGCCCAUUUGCGGCCCGUCAUCCAGAUGAGGCCCAUGUCUUAAUGCUUCCCAUAAGUGUGGCCCAAAUAGUGCGAUACCUGUACAAUCCUCUCACCACCUACUCUCGUGAUCAAAUGAUGAGAAUCACCAUUGAUUAUACCAACAUUAUAGCCCAACGGUACCCAUACUGGAACAGGAGCCAAGGAGCAGAUCAUUUCCUAGCUUCUUGUCAUGACUGGGCACCAGAUAUAUCAAGAGAGAAUUCAGGCAAAGAACUUUUCAAAAACUUAAUAAGAGUGUUAUGUAAUGCCAACACAUCUGAAGGGUUUAAGCCUGCAAAAGAUGUGUCAAUGCCUGAAAUGAACUUACGAGGUUAUAAAUUAAGCUCACCAAUUCCUAGCCAAGUUCCUAAUCAUCGUUCUAUACUUGCUUUUUUUGCUGGAGGGGCUCAUGGAAGAAUUAGGGAGACACUACUAGAACAAUGGAAGGACAAAGAUGAAGAAGUUCAAGUACAUAAGUAUCUUCCCAAAGGUUUUGACUAUCAUAGCCUCAUGGGACAAAGCAAGUUUUGCUUGUGUCCAAGUGGCUAUGAAGUGGCAAGUCCUAGAAUUGUGGAAUCUAUCAACACAGGGUGUGUUCCAGUGAUUAUUUCAGAUUAUUAUCAACUUCCCUUUAGUGAUGUUCUUGAUUGGAGAAAAUUUUCGUUACAUAUUCCAUCAAAAAGGAUAGCUGAAAUAAAGACAAUACUAAAAAGUGUUCCACAUGCCAAGUACUUGAAAUUGCAAAAGAGAGUGAUGCAAGUUCAAAAACAUUUUUCGUUGAAUCGACCGGCUAAGUCGUUUGAUGCAUUUCAUAUGAUUCUUCAUUCAAUAUGGCUUAGAAGACUUAAUAUCAAGCUACCUCAAUGAUAUUUGAUUAUUUGUCAUUUGAUCAUUCAUUAGUAUGCGUAUAAAUUAAUGAGAUGUGUAUUGUACGAACUCUUAAUUCCAUCGAUUUUGAAGUAUUUCUCCCCUCUAUUGAUAAGGUCGACACUCCCAUACCUUGUGGUCCCCCUCCUCUUCCCUUUUGGUUACAAAAAGGAUUUUUAAAAAAAUUAAUCGCCUCACUUUUCAAUAAACUUAGAUCAGUACACC